AUGCGUGUCCCCUACACACCCGACCCGCCCACCACCACGGACCCGGCAGAGCUGGAGAUCGUGGACCGGAUCCGGGCGCGCCGAGCCCCGCGGCCACUGCAGCCACUGGACCUGGCGCUGCUGCACUCGCCGGUGGUGGCAGACGGCUGGAACUCGUUCCUGGGGGCGGUGCGGACCAAGACGACGCUGUCGGACGCGGUGCGGGAGCUGGCCAUCUCCCGCGUCGCCGUGUGCAACCGCGCCUGGUACGAGUGGGGACACCACGCGCCCCUCGCCGUCAAGGGCGGCGUCUCGCCGGCCGCCAUGGAGCUGGUCAAGGCCGAGGACCUGGCAACCGUCACCGCGGCCCAGAGAGCCGAGGUCGGGCUGAGCGACCAGGAGUGGGCGGUGCUCCGCCUGACGGACGAGAUGACGCGCAAGGUGAGCGUCGCCGACGAGACGUUUGCCGAGGCCCGCAAGUAUUUCAGCGACAAGGAGGUGGUCGAGAUUGUGGCGACUGUGAGCUGCUACAACUGUGUCAGUCGAUUUCUUGUUGCGCUUGAUGUGGGAGAGAGAAAUGCGACUGGGCCAAAUGAUCCACUGCACUAG